AUGGGUAUCCUCAAGCCUACCACCAAGGAGACGGGGGGUUCCGAGCCCAUUGUCACCCAGAUUGCGAACGAGGACAAGGUUGCCUGGUAUAGGAAGCCGAAUCUGAGAAAUCUCUACUUCAUUCUCUUUCCAGCAUGUAUGGGCAUCGAGUUGACAUCUGGGUUCGACUCCCAGAUGAUUAAUGCGCUGCAGAUUGUGCCUUCAUGGAUUGACUAUUUUGACAACCCCCAGGGCUCCCUCAAGGGCAUCAUCGCCGCUGCCUACUCUUUGGGCGCCAUUCUGUCCCUGCCCUUUAUCCCCGUUGUCAACGACAAAUUUGGUCGCCGUUGGUCCAUCGUGGGGGGCUCCGUCAUAAUGAUCAUCGGCGCCCUGAUUCAGGGUUUCUCUCAGCACGUUGCCAUGUACAUUGUUGCCCGCAUCAUCCUAGGUUUCGGUAUCCCAACCUGCAUCGUCUCCGGUUCGUCCCUCAUUGGUGAGCUCAGCUACCCCAAGGAGCGUGCUGUCCUCACCUCGCUCUUCAACGUCGCCUACUUCAUCGGCCAGAUCGUUGCCGCCGGCAUCACCUUUGGCACCAACAACAUCGCCAGCAACUGGGCCUGGCGUAUUCCCUCUCUGCUGCAAAUGGCGCCCUCAGUCAUGCAGAUUGUGUUCGUCUUCAUGCUGCCUGAAAGCCCCCGAUGGCUCGUCACCAAGGGGCGGGUCGCCGAGGCCAACGACAUCCUCGUCAAGUAUCACGCCGAGGGCGACCAGGACUCUGAAUUUGUCCGCGCUGAGAUGGCCCAAAUCACCACCACCAUUGAGCUUGAGGCGGAGCACUCUAGGAAGAACUGGAUGUCCAUAUUCGAGACGGCCGGUAUGCGACGACGAACACUCAUCUCCAGCUUCCUCGGUUUGUUCACUCAGUGGUCCGGCAACACCCUUAUCUCGUACUACCUCGGAGAUCUCCUGGCCAUGAUUGGACAGACCGAGUCCAUCUUCAAGCAGAAGAUCAACGUUGCCAUUGCCUGCUGGUCACUCGUCGCUGGUGUCACCGUAUCGUUGCUCGUCAACCGCUUCAAGCGCCGCACCAUGUACCUCGUCUGCACGUGCAGUCUGCUCGUCGUAUACAUCUGCUGGACUGUGACCAUGGAGCGCAGCAUUGCCGGUAACGCGACUGGACACCCCAACAAGGCUGCAGGUGCCGCCACCAUCUUCUUCAUCUUCAUGUACCAGCCCUGCUACAACAUUGGCUACAAUGCCCUGACCUACACGUAUAUGGUCGAGCUCUGGCCCUAUGCCGAGCGAUCCCGCGGUAUCUCCGUCUUCCAGCUGUUUGGCCGUCUUGCCGGCUUCUUCGCUACCUUUGUCAACCCGAUCGGGCUGGACAACAUCAGCUGGCGAUGGCUGAUUGUCUACUGCUGCUGGCUAGGGUUCGAGAUUCUCUUUGUCUAUUUCUUGUUCCCCGAGACGGCUGGUCGGACUUUGGAAGAACUGUCUUUCUUGUUCGAGGACAAGACUCUUGCAGACCAGGCCGUCAUGGCCGUCGAAAAGGUCGUGCACCAUGACGAAGCCGACAAGGCUGUGGAGGUUGGCGAGGUGUUGCACGAAGAAAAGACCUCAACCAAGGUCUGA